GCAUGCACAGAGCAGAAAUAAUAUAUAUAUAUUAACAAAAUAACCACCACUGCUGAGUUUCAGACCAAGUGGGGGACUGGUUAUAGCUUUUAAGGCUUACCCAAUCCCUUCCAGAUCGGCCAUUGGAGAUAUCACAAAAACCUGAUAUCCCAAGCUUAGCUACUCUGACAAUCUCACUUCUCUCUCUCUCUCUCUCUCUCUCUCUCUCUCCAAACUUGAUUCGGUUUAUACAUGUUGGUCUUUUCAAAUUUUGACACCAGCCUCUGAUAAUUGAAUACUCCAUGUGUUGGAGAUUGUAGCAAGCAAACUGGUUAGAACUGCACCAUUAAUGGACUUGAUUAACCCACAAAUGUUUGCCCAUUUUGAUUUACCAAUCUUGAAAAUGAACAAAAGAAACAGAUAGUUAAACUCCUGCAAGAAGAAACCCGUUUGCCCAUCAAACUGAUAUACCUGUCAGAGAAAAAGUUCAUUUCCCAAUCCAGGCAUUUCUCUCCACCAAUAACUCUGUUUACCUUAAUAUGAUGCAGAAGGAGACAUGGAAACUGAACAAAAGGUUUCCCAAGCAAGUACUGCAGAAGAAGACACAAGAAAUACAAGAGUGUUUCCUUGUUUAUUUUGUUCAAGAAAGUUUUAUAGUUCCCAAGCUUUAGGAGGUCACCAAAAUGCUCACAAGAAAGAAAGAAAUGCAGCACGAAAGGCAAAAAGAGCAUCAGAAUUUGCACCACCACCAGCAUUGCCAAUGGUUUUUGCUCCAAGUCAUCAUCAUCAUCCCUUGGGUCUAUUACAUCCUUCAAUGUACAUAACUGCCCAUGCAGCUAGCUUGCAUUGUUACCCUAGCCACCAAUUCUCUGAUACUUUUGGAUCCAAUGGUGCACCAAGAUUUGAUAAUAACAAUAAUAAUGGAAUAAUCUACGGUGGGAAUUGUUCAAGUCACAGGUACCAUCAAUGUGAAGAGGAUGAGAAGAGUUUCCUGAAUUGGCAAAGGAGCAUAAGAUGCAAUGGGUUCUACGGAAGUGGGUCUAAUCAACAACCAGUAGCUACUAAUACAGUGGUGAGUGAUAAUGCUCAUCAUCACAAUGUUGGGAAUAAAAAUGACAGUAAAGAUCCCAAACUUGAUUUGUCUCUCCAUUUAUGAUUGGAGAAAUGGUGGUAAGAAAAUUCUCAUUUUUUUUCUUUCUCUUUUUGUAAGUUAGGAAUUUUAACAUUUCCCUUUUCUCUUUUUAGUCAGUUACAUGUCCCUGUAUGCAUGUCCUUGUAAUAAAACGUAUCUAUGUAGUUACUGUUCUUU